GUUUGAAAGAUUUUUUAAAUAUUUCUUUCAACAUUUUAGUAGUUUUAGUAAGGAGGAUUGGUCAUAAUAACUAAUCCACCAUCAUGCUGAAAAGAGAAGUCUCUGGUUAGUUAACAUUAUAAUGAGCAAAUAUUAAAAAUUUAAACAUAUGAACAACAUUUAUAUUAGUAAAUUACUGAUUUGUCAAAUCCUUUUGGGGUUUCUAAGCAAUAUUUCUUUUUCAGACAAGGUUUCUACUCAUGAAAAAGUUUUGAAAAUUCCCUCUUCCAGCCUUAAAGUAUAAUGGUUUCUUCUCAUGAUGUUGCUAAAUCUCCUCACCAACAAGACCACCAAUGAUGGUAUAUGAAUUGGACUUUAGUCUCACUCUCCCUUUACAGGGUUAAAUAAUCCAGGUGUUAUGGAUUUAGGCCAUAUUCUCACUCCCUUAAUUUGUUUUCUUGUAGCAAAAUAUUCUUGACCAAGUAUACUUUAAGCAGAAACCAACUAUGGGUAAGGAGUUUCUGCUCUGGUGUGAGGGAUCGGGGGGAAGAUGUGAGAUCCAAAAGAAAUGCCUUUCUAGAGCCCCUCAUGAAUUCUGAAAACAUUUGCUUCAGGUUUUAGCCAAGGGACCUUGGGCAACUUACUUGACCCUUCUGUGCCCCAGUUUCAUCACCUGUAAAAUAGGGAAAAUAACAGUACACUUUUGACAAGAUUGCUAUGAUAAUUGAAUUAGUUAACUAUAUAAAGCAUGUAGUACAAUACUUAGCACAUAGUAAACACUAUACAAGGGUAAAUUUCUAAAAACACAGAACUUUUAACUCUGCAUACUCCUAUUGCAUUUUUUAUGCUCCACUAAAUUUUUACAAAAUUCAUAGUUUGUAUAUUAUUUGUCCAGCUUUACUUAAAUUUUUUUUAAGUAAACAAAAAAAGAUCUCAACUUUAAACCUCAGAAUUAACUAAAACCAAAGACGUAUUUGUUCCAUGUUGUUUCUUUCCCAUACAUUGCUUUCCUCUACACUUAAAAGCUUCCUGAAUCCAUAAAAAAAAAAAAGAAAAUAUAUACUACAGACUCUAUAGACUUCCUCUUUCCCUAUAAUUUUGCCCUAAGACACAAUGUACCCAAAUCAAUGGCUUAACUGGAUUUCAGAUCUGCCUUUGCCAGGACAUGACCCCAGGUUAGUUAAUUGCCCCCUUGUCUAACCCCAUUAUGCUAUUUGCUGUAAGGUAGUGGAAGGAGAAGAGGAGGGUACAGGGCUGAAGCAGAACUUGUGCAGUUUUCUGAGGCUGACAUCUUUUGGGUGGGUAAUGGCCUGGUGCAGCUGCUGGUAUUGAAGAAGCAGGCCCAGGGAAAGGAGAAGGAAGAGGCUGAAGUGGAAUCCUGUAUAGGAGCACAGGAAGGAGUCAAAGGGAUAGGAAGACACUGGCUUUCAUGCACCCUCUUCAUUUUUGAGAAGAGGAAACUAAGACCGAGAGAGCUGAAGAGCCCUGCAGAGAGGGAGCAAAUCUUGAAUGUAAGCUUAGGAAUGGAGGUCAUUCUUCUUCUGUUUCUUCAAAAAUUGUUAAAGAUUUGGUUCAACACGUAGCUAGAUCUCCAAAGUAUGUGAGACAUGGGGAGGGUCACUGGAGGGGCAUAAAAACAAUACAUUGAACUGAACAAUUCGAAAUGUUUGGCCACACUAAAACCACAGGGCCAUAGACCAAACAGAAAGUCAGCUUCUUUGAAUGCUUUAGAAAGAGCAUUGACCCAAGAACAAGAAGACCUGGGUUUCAUUAGACUGAGUCAUAUAAAACUGUCAUCUUUGUAGGUCAAAAUGUAGUAGUGCCAAUUCUAUCCUGUUCAACUCACAGUUCCAGCUCUACCACUCAGUAGAUGUUUGGGAUUUGGACAAGAUCUCCACAUCUCUUCAGUGGGUAAUACCUGCCUUACCUAUUUUUUCGGGUUUUUGCAAGGACAGAUCACACAUUUACUGAGUGCCUGCUAUCAAUAACUGCUUGGGAAACAAAGAUGACUAAGGUACAACCCUUAUUUCUAAGGAGCUAGUAUUCCAGCAGAGGAUAUAGGAAAACUAAUUUAGUUGGAUAUGAUAAGCAAGUAAGAAAAGGAAGCGAUAAAUUCUGUUUGAUUGUGGGUGGUUAGGGAAAUGAAGGCAUUUGAACUGGGCUCUAAGGGUUAAAUAGAAGCUUCCCAGGCAAAGAGGAAGAGGCAUCUCUAGGAAGAGGAACAGCUUGUACAAAGGCAUGGAGGUAUACAAGUGUGUGGUGAAUUGAAGAAUAGUAAGCAGUCCAAUGGGUAUAAAAUGUACAGUGUGUCUGUGUGGGAGUAGGGGGGUUACUGUUGUGUGAGGCUACAAAGGUUGAAGGGGUAGGUAGUGUCAGUGAAUAAAAAUGACUGGGUAAGAAUGCAUCCAGGAAUACUGUGGGAAAGCAUAGAAGUGCUUUACAAAUGCUAAGUAAAGAACAAAAGAAAGUUUUCCUAAAAUCUCAACAUCCCUCCCCUCCCGUCACAAGGAGUUCUGCUUGAAUCAUAUACUGAUUUGACAAAUUUCUUUGUAGUGUUUCCUCUCCUUGGGAGAAAUGUUCUCUCCUGGGUCCAGGUAAGAGGCGUGUAGAAACUUUCAGAGUGCCAGGGAGUCAGGGACAGGAAGUGAUUCAGUUUGAACAAGGACAAUGCUAUCUCAUUGUUCCCCAAAUUUCAACCUCCCCUUCUGCGACAUCACUUUUUCUGACCUCCCCCAAGAAAGAAGUGAAACCACUAUACCCAAGGGAACAGAGGAUAAUGUGAUCACCCUCCCAUCUCACCCUCUCCCUCCUGCUCCCCUGUGAAAUCUCCCAGAAUGAAAUCAUAUAGCAUUGUCAAACUUAAUCAUUCUCCCCAUUUCCUGUCCCUCCUACCAGCCAAGACAAGUUGUGGGGCACUGUCUUCUUCCAGUAAUUUUCUAGUACCCAACAAGAGUUUUGAUGACCCCUCUAUACCUUCAUAGAUCUUCUGCUCAUGCAAAAGUAUGUAAGCUUUACAAGGUGGUGAAUGGAAUUUAAAACCCCAAAAUUUAAUUUCACCUCAUUUUACCAACGGUUCCCAUGGAAUAAGAGAAAGAACCAGAUGGACUUAAGUUCAGAUCCUAGCUUUGCUACUUUCUAGCUAUGUGGUCUUUUGCAACACAAUCUCUUUGAGUCUCUAUUUCCUAAAUUUUAAAAUGGCACUCAAAUACCAGGGUCAUGGUAACAAUUAGAGAUAACAUAUGUAAAGCAUCUGGCCCACAGAAGAUGCCCAAGACACUGUAAGUGCCAUCACCAUUAUCAUCACCACCACCAUUAAGAGCUUGAACUAAUGCAGACUCCUUGCUGAUUUCAUUUCUUUCCUCUUCCUACCCUCCAUCUAUUCCUUAUAUGACAGCCAAAGCAGUCUUUAAAAAAUGAAAACCAAGUCACAUCCCAUAUUACUUAAAAACCCUUCAUUGGCUUUCCACUGAAUUUUGAAUAAAAUCCAAGCUCCUCCUUCUGGUCUCCAGGGCUUAGCCCUACCUGGCUUCUGUCCUCUUCUACUGCCAACACCAUUACAUUAUACUCUCCUCAUUGUCCACUGUGCUCCAACCAUACUAGCCCUCUCAUUUCCAAAUAUGACAAAUUCUGUAAGACCCUUUGACCCUGGGGUUUUCUCUGCCCAGAAAGUACUCUCUGUCCCCUCCCUUCCAUAUAUUCUUCACACCCUUGGAGUGCAACAUAAAUGCCACUUUCUGUGACCACACUACUUUAAUACUACUGUUUAUCUUCUUUACCAGCCUAGUUCUUAUUUAUCACUGUUUAUAAAUGAUUUAUUUGUGGGGUCAUGAUACCACCAUUCAUGAGUUCGAGCCCCACUGACAGUAUAGAGCCUGCUUGGAAUUCUAUAUCUCCUUCUAUCUACCCCUCCCCCGCUUGUGCACACACUCUCUUUUUCUCUCUCUUUCUCUCUCUCGGUCUCUCAAAAUAAAAAUAAACUUUAAAAAAUAAAAUAAAAUAAAUGAUUUAUUUGCAUGAUUAUUUGUUCAACAUCUAUUUCUCCAAAAGAGAGUGAACUGCAGGAGGCAGGAAAAACUUUGUUUUGUUCACUGCUAUACCUUAGCACCUAACGCAGCACUAGACAAGUGUUUGAGUUAUUACUGUUGUUAUGAUUACUCAGCAGCACUCUGUGGUAUAGUAUAGACAUGUACAAAUCCAACAUCAUUUGGGACUUUUCUUGGGAUAUUAGGAGGGCAGAAUUUCUUUACAAUGAUUACUAGGCAUGUUUCUUUUCUUUCUUUCUUUAAAAAAAUUAUUUAUUUUUGAGAGAAAGAGACAGAGUGAGAGCAGGGGAGGGGCAGAGAGAAUAGGAGACACAGAAUCCAAAGCAGGCUCCAGGCUCUGAGCUGUUAGCACAGAGCCUGAUGUGGGGCUCAAACUCAAGAACCAAGAGAUCAUGACCUGAGCCUAAGUUGGACACUUAACCCACUGAGCCACCCAGAUGUCCCAAGACUUUUUUUUUCCCCCAAAGCAUUUAGCUCCUUCUAGGGCAUCAAAUGUUGAACUUUAUAUUUUGUAUUCCAAAAUUUCCAUAAUUAACAUGUAUUUUUAAUAAAAAUUUCUUAUAAACUCUACAUGUUAAUGACAAGCCUCUUCACAAGAAAUCAAUCUAAUCAAAUGAAUUUAUUUUACAAGUAAAAUUCACAAUCAGGAAAGAAAAGCCAACAGCCAACUUAACAUUAUAAAGGGUAUUGGUAUUUUAAAAAAAGGAAAUUGCUUAUCAAAGGGCAUUGCCUGACAUAUGAGAGGUGGUUGGUAAUUCAAUAAAUGAUUUUCCAGUUGAUCAGAUGUAGAUAAGAAGACACAGUGAAAUGAAAAUUUUCAUGCAGUGUCCCAUGGGUUAAUGGGGUUGGAAUUCAUAGUCCUUGGCAAGUAAUGGGCACUUGAUAUUUGUUGAAUGUGUAACUUUCUGGAAGACUUUGCCAGGCAAAGAGACAAACAUAACACUGCAGUUUGGGAAAUGACUACACUUCAUACAUUUUUGUUGUUGCUCAGAUGUGAAUCACCAACUAAUGAAUUUCCAUGCAAGAUAUUAUUUCUUGAUAGAUUAAAAUCUUCUUUCAUGUUGUUUGGGUUUUUUUUUUCUUUCAUAAUUUAAAUGUGUGUCAUUUCCUCUGGAAUGUCAUCUCCCUCCUUUUUUUCCUUAAAAAGGUCCUUCUAUUUUCCUUUAUUAACUAAAAUGCAGCUUCCCUUGGUGACACCACUAUUCUCAAAACCCACACCCUUUCUUUGUGUGCCCAUCUCCCAGGGACAAUAGAGAAGUGACACAUUUCUUAUUUUUUACUGCUCUUGCUAACCCUCACCAUGGGUCCAACUACCUAACUACUUAUGUUAAUUCCUUUCCAUUCAGGUUGAUAGAGACCCUAAUGUCCUUUUCUGUUUGAUGGGGCUUCUAUUGAGGUCACCUUUGGUGACUCCAGUGCCUGUUUUGAUGAGUCUUUAAUAUUCUUCUACAGUUCACCUGCAAAAGCUAAUCUUGACUACCAUUAUCAUCAGAACUUUGCAAUCUCCAAGAUAGAGAACAUUCCUCGGAAUUCCCCCAAAUUCCUCAGUUUACAAACAACCUCCAGUCUUUCUACUUCUCCCACUCCAAUUUUUAAAUUCUUUGUAAAAUCACUUUUUAAAUUGUGGUAAACUUUACCAUUUUAACCAUUCUAUGUAUACAGUGCAGUAGCAUGAAGUACAUUCAUAUUGCUGAGUAACCAUUACCACAAUCCAUCUCCAAAACAUUUUUCAUCUUCUAAAACUGAAACUCGAUAUCCAUGAACAGUGGUUCCCCAUUUCUUAGUAAAUUCUUUUUUACAUUCUCUAAGGAACUGUUUCAGACUUUUCCUACUCAUCCUCAGAAAUUAAAACACAUACUUAUUUCUCUUAAUUUCUGUAACUCUCCUCACAACUUACUUUCUGAAGAUUCAAGCCAUUUUUACAAGACCGUCAAGUUCUUGUCCCUUAAAACUUUACAUCUCUACCAUUCUUUUGCUUUUCCUCCUCUACUACAGAAAGAAGAAUGCCUCCUCCUUUUCAAAGCCAACCCCUCCACUAUUGCUCCCUCCUUUCACUCUGUUUCUUCUGGGACUUUAUUAUAUCAGUUUUCUCCUUUUCAUUUCUCUCUUUCAUUUUCAUUUUCUCUUUGCAUUGUAACAUGCCCAAGAGUCCCAUAUUCCAAUAAAAAACAUCAAUAAUAAUAAUAACAAGUAUUAAGUUCCCACUAUGUGCCAGGUACUGUCCCAACUACUUAAAAUAUACCUUCUCAUAUAAUUCUCACAAUGACCCACUGAGUUCAAAUUAUUAUGAAGAAAAUUAUUAUGAUGAAGAAAUUGAGAGUUUAGAAAUAUUGAGCAACUUGCCCAAGAUUGUCUAACUAGUAAGCAGUAUUUUCUCUUCUCCAUGCUACUCUGGCAAGAUUCCAUUGUCUCUUUGUUUCCCUUUCAUUACUGUAUUUCUUGAAAAAGUCUCAGUUCCUCCUCUACACUAUGCAAUCCACUGCAGUUUCUUGGAGAGUCCCACGCUUAAUGGUCUCUCUAAAAGGUCUCUAAUCCCCAGCUGGGUCACUGUAGUGCUCAUCACCAAAUGUUGCUUUUUGAGAUGGUCUUCUCUCUUAGUCUUCAUAAUAUAUGACCUCUUUUUUUCUGGUUCUCUUCCUAGUCUUUUCUAACUCCUUAUCUUCUCUUACUCUUUAAAUGUAAGAUUUCCUAUAGUUCCAUCUAGACAUAGCCUGCUUCCUGUUCCACAUUCAGCUGAGACAUUCUCAUUUGCUCCUACAUCAUCAACUCUCAUGCUGUAACGAACAAAUCCACACAGCUAAUUCUGGCCUCCCCUACCCACCCACAACCUAAUUCCAGCUCAGUGCUGAAAUUUCCAUGUAAGUGCUCCUCAAGUAUCUCAAACUCCAUCUGCCCCACAUUAUAGUCAUUACCUGUGCUUGACAAUGGACUCCCCACUUGAGUUUCCUACCAUGAACCACGGGCACCCCCUUCAAUUCCCUUUGCCUCCCCGCUACCCCAGUCCAGAGCUGAUACAAACACAUCCAAAAAGAGCUAUGGAGGCUCUGUAGUGGACACAACCCUGAACUGAGAGUGAAACUUGGGUUUUAAUCCUGACUCAGUCACUAAGAAGCUAAGUGACUUAGUGGAGCUAGAACAGGGAUCUCUGGGGCCUUUUAUCACUCUAAUAUUUAAGGACGUAUGACCUUCAUCCCCUCCUUACUGGCCUCACUAACAUUGCCCUGACCCUGCCCUCACUGCUUUUUGCCUGGGCUAUUUUAAUUGGCCUCCUGACUGACCUUGUUUCCUGUCUUUUCUUCUUUCAUUCCUCCAGACACAACCAUAAAAUUACAGUUUUUAUAAUAUAAUCAUAAAACACAGUUUUUAUAACACUUCUCACUUAUUUAAAAAAAACUUUUAGAAGAUUCCUGUUGGCUAUGGGAUAAAAUUCAAACUCCUUAUUUCUGCAUUCAUAGCCUUUUGCAUGUUAGUUCCAACAUAACACAUGAAACAUCACUUUGUCUAAAUUGGAUUACAUGUGAGGUUGGAGAUAAGCACUGUAGGAAAAAAAAUACCUUAUUUUUCAUAGUAAAAGUAAUAGUGUAUCAAAGAUUUAGGUGUUAAGUAGUAAACGAUAUAAUUUUAGGAAAUGGUAUAAUAAAUUUAUUUAUAAGUUUAGAAGACGGGAAGUAUUUUGAAGCAGGAUGCAAAAUCCAGGAAUUCUAAAACAGUGAUUAAAUUUGACCACAUAAGAUUUGAAAAUUUAUGUACAGCAAAAAAUGGAAAAAAUUUCAACUCACACAGAGAUAAGGCUUUCAUUUCUUAUUUUACAAAGGAUUCAUAUAAAUCAAUAAUUGACAGAAAUUGAGGACAAAUAGAUUUUUAAAUAUUUAUUUUUGAGAGAGAGAGAGAGAGAAAGAGAGAGAGAGUACACAUGGGUGUGAGUGGGGGAGGAGCAGAGUGAGAGGCAGACAGAGGAUCUAAAGUGGGCUCUGUGCUGACAGCGGACUCAGACUCACAGGGUUCAAAUUCACUCACCAUGAGAUCAUGACCUGAGUUAAAGUCUAUGCUUAAAUGACUGAGCCACCCAGGCACCCCAAUAACAAAUACAUUUUGUUAAGUUGCUUAAUUUCACUAAAUAAAAUUCAAAACCAUGAAAUAUUUUCCUUUCUUUAGACAAGCAAAUAUUUUUUUAAGUUUUUAUUUAAAAUCCAGUUAGUUAACAUGCAGUGUAAUAUUAGUUUCAGGUGUACAAUAUAGUGAUUCAACACUUCCAUAUAGCACUGGAAAUGAUCUCAAGUGCACUCCUUAAUCCCUAUCACAUAUUUCACCCAUUCCCUCUCCCACCUCCCCUCUGGUAACCAUCGGUUUGUUUUCUAUAGUUAAGGGUCUAUUUCUUGGUUUGCCUCUCUCUCUUUUUUUCCCCUUUGCUCGUUUGUUUUGUUUCUUAAAUUCCACUAGAAAGGCAAAUAUCUUACAGGUGAUGACACCAUUGCUGCUAAGACAAUGAUGAAAAGGCAUUUACUUGGAUUGUUGAAAAAAUUUGGAAUUCAAUGGGAAAAUAUCUAUCAACAUGUAAGAUGCAAGAACCCUUUGAUUCAGCAAUCCCAGUACGAGGAAUUUGUGCUACCAAUGAACGUACAAAGGUUUACCAAGAAUCACAACACACACACACACACACAAACACACACACACAGAUGUCAGCUGCAACAUUGGUGAUAUUAGAAAAGAAGAAAAGAAAGGGGAAAAAAUAGAAACAACCAAAGUGUUAAUAAAAGAUUGGUUAUGGGAUAUUUAUAUAAUUGAAUGCUAAUUAUAAUACUUCCUGUAAAAGAAUAUUUCUGACAUGUAUUCAUGAUAUAGUAUUAUUGAAAAAUCAAAAAAGCAGCUUAUAAAAUAAAAUUUGUGGAAGAUUCUAUUUUUCUGUAAGAUUCUAUUUUUAUGAAAAAAUAGAUAUGCAUAGUAUUUCUACAUUGGAAAAAGAAUGUCAAGAAAUACAGCAUAUACGCUUUCCUAUCAUUUACCUAUCUUCUGAGAGCAUGUACAUCAUUUUUAUAAUCAGAAAAAAAAUUACCUAAAGUUUUCAACUUCCCAAAAGAAAAGAGAAAGGCAAUGAAACAAUCUGUGCCCGUGUAUGAUCUACAUUGAGCAAUAAACAGUACCUAGAGUCCAUGUCUUAGAGGUUUCAUAAAAAUUAAUGAUUAACUGAGUAUAACUCAUUGAAAUUGCUGCAGUUAAAAUAAUCUAAAAGUUGUGUUUAGGAUUUGGCUGUGGGAAUAAAAUAUACUCCCACUCAUUCUAACCCAUUCAACUAGCACUAUUUACACUGCCUCAUUCAUCAAAAGCUGUCACCCAAUGUUGCUUAAUCCAAGUGUGUAUAUAUAAGUGGAGUUGAAAUAUAACUGCAUCAACUACUACCAAAUGUUGAUGACAAGAAACUUCAUCAUUUGAGAGCAGCCCUUCACGUUUAUAACUAAGUAUAGAAAAAACUGUUUCAGAAUUCCAAAAUCAGUAAUACCACCAACAAAAAGCCCAAAGCCUGAAAAAUGAAGACUAAAAUGGAGUAUUCAACCACCAAAAUCUCCCCAGCAAAGAUGAACAGCUCAGCAGGCAAGGCUUUGGUAAAAUCUCCCAAGUUGGGAAAAUCCCAGCAGAAGGCUGAAGAAGUUUGCCAAAUGUACUUUAUGCAGCUACGUUCUGGCCUUAUAAAAAAGACAGCCUGUUAUUUUAAGAAAGAAACCACCAAAAGACAUUCAACAAGAAGAGCUGGAAAGUAUAAAGAACAUCUAGUAUUCACUGCCCGUCAUCAGCAGCUGGAACGGCCUGUGGAGGGCUUAGCCUUUGGUGUGCCUAUGGUCCAGAAAUGCUUUGGAAGAACUGAUGUUCCAAGUAUCCAAGAAUAUUCUGCUUCCCUGAGCACAUACAAUGAUCAAUCUAUUACUUUCGUUUUUGAGGAUGGAAGUUAUGAGAUCUAUGUAGAAGACUUGGGAAAAGACCAAGAGAAAGAUAAGGUGUUAUUCCGUUAUUAUGAUUUCCAACCUCCCUCACGUGAAACAGGUGAUGCUGAUGAUGGCCAUACGUUAUUGGUAAAUCUGAGUCCUACAAAAGACAAAGACGUCCUGCUGCAUGCCAAUAACAAAGAACACUCUGUGGAGCUACAAAAAUGUGAAAAACCAUUGCCAGACCAGGCCUUCUUCCGCCUUCAUAGGAAGUCUUCCAAAUGUGUUUCAUUUGAAUGUAAGAAUGACCCUGGAGUGUUUAUAGGAGUAAAGGAUAACCACCUUGCUCUAAUUAAAGUAGAGGAUCAAACUGAGUAUUUUAGUACAGAGAAUAUCAUAUUUAAACUCUCUUAAACUUAAUGUUAUGGAAAGCUGUGGAUCUUGUGUUGGAUAACUCAAAUAGCUACCACUGGAGAAAUGAUCGAGAAAUAAAGAAAGAGGUAACAUUCAAGGGAAAUGGAGGGUACUUAGUAUGCUAUGGAAUGUUUUUCUCAUUAUGUGUAAAUACUUUUUUAUGGUCUUUCAUUUCUGCAUUUUAUUUCCUUCUGUAUCAUUACAUAUUCAAUAGGGUAUUGCUAAAGAAACCUCAGAAGAGGUACAACCUGAAAUUUAAUUUUUUCUACUUUCAGUACAGAAAGAACUUCAUAUUUAGAGCUGAGACCUCUGGGGAGAAGCAAGGGCCUUAAUCCAAGUCUCAUUUUAGACAGGGAUCCAUUUUAAAGAGCUACAUAAAGACAUAAUUUUCCCUGGUUCCAAACAAUGAGUUCAAACACUAAAGCUAUUGGUGAAAAGACAACCAAAUCUAUUUGGACUGACCAUUUCACAACUGGAAUAAAACACCAAAUUUGUUUGAAGAUGCCCAAAACUUCAGAUACCUACCUACAUAGGUAGGCAGAUAAUAUAAAUAUAUGAAAUGACAAAGACAGUCAAAACAUUAAGAAAAAUAAAUCCAGUAUUUGUAAAGUAAAUAAUUUUACCUCUAAUUGUUUGUAAACUGCUGAUUUUUUAUAGACUUAGUUAAGUUUAAGCAAAACAUUAUUAUAUUAGGAAAUGAAAUAAAUUUUAGUUCAGACAUAUAAUUGAAAUCAUUAGGAAUAUCCAACAAAUUAAAACUUUUUUUAAAAGCACUGAGACACAACUUAUUUUAGGACAUCCAAGUACCAUGGGAUCCAAGUACCACAGUGAAUUCAGAAAUCCUUUAAUCUACUAGAGCCUAGAUAGGACACAGGAUUAACAUCACAAUUUCAAUACCUGACUCUUCCUGAUGUUUGUAGUAUACUAUGUCCUUCUGACCCUAUUCUCCAGGGAUCUAUGACUUUUGAUAUACAUAUCACCCUGGACAAAAUUUCUUCUAAUACUUUCUUCCCAUGUAUACAAACGUUUUUCUUGUCCAGCUUUCCGAUUACCCUACUUAUUAUGGCAUAUUUGUUUGACUUUUAUUAUUUCUUUAUUCUUUUGACCAAUUGUGUUCUUGAUAUACCUUUUGUGACUCCUGAACUUCAUUACAAAUCACCUGAUAUCUGGAUGCCAUCUUUAUUUUACUUCAUCUAUCUGAUGUUAUAGAAUUUCAUAUAAGCCUAUUAAAGAGCAAUAUUUUUUUAUUAAACAUCUUUGCAUUUUACAUUACUAAGGUAAUAAAAUUCAUACUCAACCAUAUAAUAAGAUUUUUCAACUACUAAAGGAAUAGUUUUGCUUAUUUUAAGGGCUUAAUUCUACUAUAAUUUUUCCUAGGCUUAACACUGACAAUAAAUGAUAAAACUAAUGACAAUACUUAUAAAAUGCAACUUUUUCUGAAAGUGUAGGCUUUUUAAUUUUUAAUUGUUGAGAUCUAUUAGAUUAUAAUGCUGGUGGAACAUAAGAUUAAAAAGGCUGAGAAUUACUGUGUGAGGGUAAGCAAUUAUAAACAAUAAUAAAUCUUUCAUUACAUUGCCAAUUUUAUUAUUUUUUUUUUGUAUAUUGUUUCAAGUUUCUUUUUUUUUCAAUGUAUGAAGUUUAUUGUCAAAUUGGUUUCCAUACAACACCCAGUGCUCAUCCCAAAAGAUGCCCUCCUCAAUACCCAUCACCCACCCUCCCCUCCCUCCCACCCCCCAUCAACCCUCAGUUUGUUCUCAGUUUUUAAGAGUCUCUUAUGCUUUCAUUGCCAAUUUUAUUAUGGAGACAAAAAUAAACGCAGAAUCUAUAUCAUCCGCUCUGAAAAACACUAAAUGUUAAUCAUAUGCAUCUCUAUGAUAUACUUAAAAUUAUUGUUUUUAAGUAACCAGAUAUAUCUAUUACAUUGUUUAAGUUCUUGAAUAAAUUGUAUUUUUCAAAAGUC